AUGAUGGAGGCUUGCGCGAAGGACCCCCACGCUGCGUACGACAAAAUAAAGUACGAGUUCUCAGACGUAAAGUACACUGUGGAUCAUGGGAAGCUUGAAAUUCUUCACGGAAUAAAGGGCAUCCUGCUGCCCCAAACAAUAACAGUGAUCAUGGGCCCCAGCGGAAGCGGAAAGACAACACUGUUGAAUAUUUUGUCCAUGAAAGUGACGGAAGGUGUGGAGGGAAAUUUCCUCAUUAACGAUACGAAAAGGAAUAAGAAUAUAAAGAGCUACAUGGGCUACGUCUUGCAGGAUGAUUAUUUCUUCUCACGAUUAACAGUAUACGAAACGAUAGAAUUUACUGCCAAGUUAAAGUUAGACAUUAGAGACAAAAACAAGUUACGUGAAUUGGUGCAUUCGGUAUUGGAUAUAAUGAGCCUAAGCCAUGUAAAGGAUACCAUAGUAGGGGAUGCUUUUGUAAGGGGGAUAAGUGGAGGACAAAGAAAAAGACUCUCCAUAGCAAAUGAAAUUUUAUCGAACCCACCAUUACUUCUCAUGGAUGAACCAACGAGUGGAUUAGACUCAUCAUCAGCUUUGUCCUUAGUAGAGUGCAUUCAGAGAAUAGCUACCAUCUCGAAUACCACCAUCAUAUCGUCUCUUCAUCAGCCAAGUAGCCAAGUGUUUAGUAAAUUUGAUAGACUCAUAGCAAUAACAAAUGGGUACAUAAUAUACCAUGGGAAAACAACCAACUUAAGUAAGUACUUAAAAAAAGUUGGGUUCAUUUGUCCUUACGGCUGGAAUAUUGCAGACUACCUGAUGGACGUAUUGUGCAACACAAAAUAUGAAUCCAUCCUUUUGGAAAAUUAUAACAAGUAUCUUCGGUAUGAUAAAGAGAUGGGUUACUACAUGGACACAGACUCUAUUGAUAAUAAAGUGAUCCAUGAUGACUAUGAUUCCUUGUUGGCGAAGGAAGGAAAUGAGAGUAAGGAAGUACACAGCAGCGGUAAGUCACCAUUGGGGGUACGAAAAAAAUCUUCAACUGUUUCUAUACAAGAAAUAAAUAAGGCAAGGGAACAGGAUCUGGAAAAGUUAAAAGCAGUAGAAGUGUUAAUCUCUUUACAAGAAAGAAAGACACCAUACAUUAGACAAAACUUUUUUCUCCUUACAAGAGGAUUGAAAAAAAUUAUCAUUGAUGAAAUUACCAUAGUGAAGGUGAUCGAUUUGGUUGUCAUUUUAACCCUUUUUGGAUUCUUGUGGUCAAAAACUUUUAAAGAGGACACAGAGGAUGGGAUCAUUGAUACCAUUGGGGCUAUUUUUUUUAUUCUAUCCUACUGGACUUUUUAUCCGGCCUACUUAUCAUUGUACUCUUUUCCUUCAGAGAGAGAAGUCAUAGCAAAAGAGAGGAACAUGAAAACGUUCCAAGUGAGCAAUUAUUUUUUUUCUAAGCUUUUUGCAGAAUUUAUCUUUUUCUUCACAUUAAUUGCUUUUUGGGUUCUAAUCACACAUCUGAUUUUGUACGGGACGCUUAAAUUUGGAGUGUAUGUAAGUUACUCCUUUGUGACUUUGUUAAAUGCUCUAAUUAGUAGCUCUCUGGGGUAUUUUAUAUCUACCCUGUUUGAUAAUUUCAGCAAGGCUGUUAGUUUCCUUUCUGUUGUUUUGCUGACCAUGACGCUCACCAAUGGGUUCUACGUCGAGAUAGCGAAAUUGCAAGUACCUUUCAGAUACCUACAGUGGUUGUCCUACCAAACGUACUCCGCCUCGGUGCUAGCCAAAAUCAAGUUCAAUGACGCGCUUAUCAAAUGCUCUGAGGAUAACCUCUCCGCAGUGUGCCAAGGCCAGGGUUCCUUCCCAGGGGAGGUCAUCAUAGAUAAGCGUUUUGCAAAGCUACACAUUUCCUACUCCAUCUUCAUCCUCAUCAGCUUCUACGUUGUGAUAAAGGCCGCGACGUACGUGUCUCUGCGCUGGUCCCACGCGCUCAAGAUGAAGUGA